GGCCCAAAUCUCGACCUCCCCUCCGGAAAGAGAGAGAAAAACACACACACGAGGAGGGGGGAGGAAAGAGCACUCGCAAACCAUCUGCGGAUGAAACACGCCGAAUAAAAACUACUUCUGAGCUGGAGUUUUGUCGCUAGCAUCUCCAUUUUUCUCCCCCUUCUUCUUCUUCUUCGUCUCCUUGCUGCGCGAGCGGAGGAAGUUUGCGCUGCGGCGGCACCUGAUUGAAGUUUUAGCCCGUUUUUAAUGCCUCGUGCUCUUGCGCAAAACACGGGAUUUACGUCUUAGCGCCGCUUUUCACCGAAAUGAGCUCCGGCUGGAAACUUUCUCAAUGGAUUUUACCGACAGCCUCCCCGACUGAGCUGCUCACGUAGGGAAUAAACUCUCUCAAACUGGAUUUAUUUCACCGAGACGGGGGCUAAAGUGUCGAAAACACGGACUUCAGAUGUGUCCCACGCCAGCCAGAGCGGCCCUUCAGUCCCGAGAUGGAUUCCAGAAGUCAGAGCGACAGCGAUGGGGGAGGAGGACGCCACGGGUGGUCACCGUCAUCGACCGGCUCGCUGGACACGCCGCAUGACGAAGGGAGACCGCAACCACGGCCUCCGCCAACCCACGACGCUGUGCCGGAUACAGGGUUGACCAACGGGCAGCUGCCCCCUACUCCAGCAGUGCUAUCUCUGGAUCAGAUCAGGAUAACUGGGAGUAGUAAUGAGUAUACAGAAGGGCCCACAGUGGCCCAGAGGUCUCCAGCCUCCGAGCCUAGGCAUCAGAAGAGUGACUCGGUUACGUCAACAGGUUCAAGGACCAGUGGGCAGCAGGAGACUCAGGAAGAGAGGCCUAAUAAUAUCCGCAACCUGCCUUCAUUGACUCAGUAUGGAAGCACAAAUACUUCCAUCUCUUCUAGGGAGGGUGUGCUACGAUCCUCCAGUGCAGAGGACUCCCAGAGUAGCAUCAGGACCAGUGUGGGGAGCGCUUCUUCAGGCCAGAGGCUCCUCAGCAGCCCGGCGGGCGGCAACCAGAUAAUCAGAACCCAGCCGAAACGUGCAGAGCUCAGUUCAGAAGAGCUUAAACCCCUGAACAAUGAGUCCAGGUCAGUGGUGGCUGUGCCAGGCAGCGGAAGCUCUAAAAAUCAAGGCAUACACUCCAACAAGUGCGAGGACUGUGGUCGGUGCUGUUGUUCAGAGUGCCGUCGCCCUCGGGUGCUUCCUUCCUGCUGGAUGUGCGGCCGCCGGUGCAUGUGCUCCGCGCAGAGCGCGGUGGAGUACGGGACGUGCGUCUGCUGCGUCAAGGGGCUUUUCUACCACUGCUCCAGCGACGACGAGGACACGUGCGCCGACAAGCCCUUCUCGUGCACGCAGCCGCACUGCUGCGUCCGCUGGACCACCGUGUCGCUCCUCUCCCUGCUCUUCCCCUGUCUCCUGUGCUACCUCCCCGCUAAAGGAUGUGUCGCCGUGUGCCAGAGCUGCUAUGACCGAGUCACGCGACCCGGCUGUCGGUGUUAAAAUGCAGAAGGAUGGAAAGACUCCAUGUUGACUGGACUGAUAGAUGUUUUGGCCCUGUAGUUGUGCAGUUGAAAGGUUUGAUGAGAGAGGGAAGGAUGCUGUUGUGCUUGAGUUUUUGUGUUUUCCGUGCAGGUCUUCAUGCCUAUCAGAUCCGGGCAGAGACGUGAAACUUUGCCUUGAAUUGUCAGCUAUUCAGGCUGGUUGACAAAGUUGUACUAGUCAAGGCACUGGAGGUGCGUUGGCACACCCUAGCAUUACGAGUUUCACUUCAAAGGUAAACCAAAACAAGCACUCCACAUGUUAAAAGGUAUGAAGACACAUUCGACUACUGUUUUGUGCUGAAAAAUAAUUUCUUCACUCAAGUGCCCAGAUAUCGUGUUGUUGCUAUGAGAGUCCAAAUGGAUUGCCUUUUUUAACAUUUAAUACAACUUAUAUGCUAAGAACAGACUCCUAUUACUAACUGUAUGUAAAGUAGUAAAUGCAAAGAGUAUGUACAUUAUAAAAUGAGUUUGACAGAUGUUUUAUUUUUGUACAUAUAAUAAUACUUCAACUGUGAAAAGUUUUCUGCCAUAUAACAGGCACCUUGAUGAAUCCACGUUUAUAUGAAUCAGUCAGCUUCAUUCAUACAAUGUUUGUACAUUCACUGGAAUGUAUAUCAAUCAUUUUAUGUAAUUUACAAAGGAAAAGUCUUAUCCCUUCUACCUGUAAAUUGUACAGUGACCUUAUAUGAAAAAUUUAUUUUCUAAUUCCAACAUUGCUUAGUGUAAAGUUAAAUAUAUAUAUUUAUUUGAAGGUUUAUUAUUUUAUAAUGAAAAAAUAUUUAUUUUGAGAAAGCAUUGUUAAUGUGUCACCUCUCAUGGGGCUAUUCUGUAGUUUCUGCAGAUUUUCAGGUGACGUGUAGGAGUGUCAAAGCUGGAUGAAUAGUUCACUAUGAAUUAGAAGACGAAUAUAUUAACGUUUGAAAUUAAACAACCUUGAAGUCUGA